UCCGCAACUCUCAGAAGUGCCGGAUGAGCAGGAGCAGGAGCAGGAGUGGGUGCCACACCGGGAGCGGGAGGAGAAUGAGAGGGAAAUGGAGAAGGAGAUGUCUGGUAGGAGCUGUACGGCGAUGCGGAACCCGAAAUGGAGCCGCUCCCCGAACCACCACGACCACGACGCUGUCGAGAGCGGUGUAUACUAAGCCAAGCAACAGAGAGUAACUGCCAAGGUAGAGGAUUCUACACCCACGAAACCUUUAUGGCUGCAGCUUAUGCCUAUCCAAGCUUCGGUGCUUCCAUCUCCAAACGUGAAAUCGCUGCCUUCUUUGCUCACGUCGCUCAGGAAACGGGGUUCCUGUGCCACAUUGAGGAAGUUGAUGGACCAGCGAAAGCCGCACGUGGAGAGUACUGUGACGCAUCAAAGACAGAGUUCCCAUGUGCACAAGGAAAGGGUUACUAUGGUCGUGGUGCGAUCCAGCUCUCUUGGAACUACAACUAUGGUCCCUGUGGCAGAGACCUGAACGAGGGAGACUUAUUGGCUACACCUGAGAAAGUGGCUCAAGACCAGGUUCUUGCCUUCAAGGCCUCUUUCUGGUACUGGACUACUAAUGUCCGCUCGAGUUUUAAAUCGGGCUUUGGCGCGACCAUCAAGGCUGUGAAUAGUAGGGAGUGUAGCGGAGGAGAUUCUACAGAGAAAGCUGUCAACAGGGUUAGGUACUUCCAAGACUAUUGUCGCAAGCUUGGAGUUGAACCUGGAGAAAACCUUUCUUGUUAAGGUUUCUCUCUAUCCAUCUGGAACAGCCAAGGUUGGCAAUAUAAGAAUAAGAGACCACAGAGGAUAAAAGUACCAUACUAGUAUAUAUAGUAAUGUGUUUUUUGGUAAAACAGUAUAUAUAGUAAUGUUGUUGUAAUAAUGUGACAAAAAGAUUUCCAUUUAUGCAUAGGCACAUGGGAUGUGAGAACAGAGGUUCCAUAUUGUGAACUUAUCACCAACACACAUUGGAUGGAUCUCUUUGUUUACAUUUAAAUGCAUGAAAGUUCCUAAGA